GAUGAAGAGAGGGGAGCUCUUUGACUACCUCACCGAGAAAGUCACCUUGAGCGAGAAGGAAACCAGGAAGAUCAUGCGCGCGCUGCUGGAAGUGAUCGAGUACCUCCACUCCAUCAACAUCGUCCACCGGGAUCUGAAGCCGGAGAACAUCCUUCUGGACGAUGACAUGAACAUUAAGCUGACGGACUUUGGCUUCUCCUGCCAGCUGCGCGAGAACGAGAAGUUCAAAGAGAUCUGCGGCACGCCGGGCUACCUGGCCCCCGAGAUCCUGCAGUGCUCCAUGGACGACGAGCACCAAGGCUACGGGAAGGAGGUCGAUAUGUGGAGCACCGGGGUGAUCAUGUACACCUUGCUGGCCGGCUCGCCGCCCUUCUGGCACCGCAAGCAGAUGCUGAUGCUGCGGAUGAUCAUGAACGGGGACUACAAGUUUGGUUCCCCAGAGUGGGACGACCGCUCGGACACCGUCAAGGACCUGAUUUCCCGGUUCCUGGUGGUGGACCCCCAGCAGCGGUACACGGCCGGCGAGGCGCUGGCACAUCCCUUCUUCCAGCAGUACGACGUGGAGGAGGUGCGGCACUUCAGCCCCUUCCGGAAAUUCAAGGUGAUCUGCCUGACCGUCCUGGCAUCCGUCCGCAUUUACUACCAGUACCGGCUCGUCAAGUCGGUGACCAGGGAGCUGGUGGUGCGGGCCUACCGGCACUGGGUGAAGAAGGGGGAGGCGCAGAACAGAGCCGCACUCUUCGAGAACACCUGCAAGGCCAUCCUGCUGACCCUGGCGGCCGAGGAAGGGCUGUUCUGA